CAAAAAAAUCACUCCUUGUCUUCGACGAGAAGGCCCAAUGCGAUCCAAACCCUUUGUACGGAUGAUCCACUGAGUUCCAUGGACGAUCCUCGCAAGCAUCAGGUAUCAUUAAGAGGAGCAAGCGCGAAGGAAAUUACGAGGGAUGCUCUUCGUGAGAAGGUAGCUCAGGAAAGAGAGCUCCGCAACUAUGCUAGGCGAGCUAGUGCAGCUGCUCUCUUUAUUCAGAGAGUCUGGAGACGCUACAAGGUUGCGAAGAUGGUUGCUUUGCAGCUUCAAGACGAAUGGGAGACCUUGGUGAAUCAUAAUGCUGGUGGGAUUUCAGGAACAUGGAUUGCAAAUGUUGUUUUGAGACCUUUUCUUUUCUUUACUGCAUGUUUGUCAGUCUGGCAUAAGAAGAUCCAAAUCAGAGAUAUAGCCUGUAUGCAAAAAUGCUUUAGAAUUCUAUUGGAAAGCUUGAACUCAACUGAUUCAAAUAAGAACUUUUGCUCCCUGGCAACUGGCACCCCUGAAGAGAGAAGAAUAUGGUUUUUUCAAGCACGGAAGCUUAUUUCUCUCUGCGUUUUUAUUCUUGCAGAGUUUAAUAAAUCUCAUGCAGGGGGUCGAGAUAUUGUCAUUCUUACCUCCUUAGGGAUGCGUCUUGUUGUUUUCCUUACUGAUGUGAAAGGAUGGAAAUGCAUUACGGAUGCUAAUGGUCAGGAUGCAGAUAUAGCAGUGAGGGAUUUAGUGUGGUUUAUGGGGAGUAGUAAAAGUAGAAUUUACAUGUCUAUUAGAAGAUACAUUAAUACAUUGGAUGUUUCUUUUUCUUCACAAAUAAACAGCAGUGUCCAGACAGAUGAUAAAUUUUUGAUUGCUGCAAGUGCAAUAACUUUAGCUUUACACCCUUUUCGUGUGACAAACUUUGAUGUAAGUGGCCCUGGCAUGUUGGGCGUGCGUAAUGCUGCUGAGCAGUACUGUGUGUUUCUGCUUACAAUUCCUUGGCUUGUUCAACGUCUGCCAGCUGUUCUUAUACCCGCUCUAAAGCACAAGUGUAUUUUGUCUCCAUGCUUCCAAACUGUACUGAUCUUGAAAGAGAAAAUUUUAACAGAGAUGUCAGAGAUGAAUCUGUCAGAGAUUCAUUAUUCUUCCGAGAUCAUUCCGUCAGUUGGUUGGGCUCUUGCAAACAUUGUAUGCCUAGUAACGGCGGUUGGGAAUGAUUCUGUGGAUCUUGGCUCAUUUAAUCAAGGUUUAGACUGUGCAUCAUACGUCCAUGUUGUUAUCACUCUUGCAGAAAACUUACUGGGUUGGAUUGAGAAUGUAGGAUGGGUGAGGAAGGAGAAGCAAGAUGUCCAAAGUGAUAGAAGUUUGUGUGAGACCGAGACAAUGCAUGGGUCCUUAAAGAUGCCAUACAUAGAUCUGCUAAGGCCUGUUUGUCAGCAGUGGCAUCUCACAAAUCUUUUGGCAAUUAUGGAAACAGAUUCAUAUACUCAUGGUGCUGAAACCACGUCACCAAACAAUAUAGAACGCUUGGGGAAGUUUGAACUGCUUGAUAUUGCAUACUUCUACUCUUACAUGCUUAGAAUAUUUUCAGUCUUGAAUCCCACGCUUGGUUCAUUGCCUGUUCUAAACAUGCUAUCUUUUACUCCCGGAUUUCUCGUCAAUCUAUGGGGAGCAUUGGAAGGUAUCAUUUUUCCUGGAAAUGGUCAUGUUGCUGAAAAUAAUCAUCUUUGCAUUAGUAAGAAUUCAAAAAAAGAAAAAGAUGGGGCUUUUGUGAAAAAGCAAAAAGGGGCCAAUAAAGAUGGUGUUAAUAAGUGGGUCAAUGUACUAAAUAAAGUUACUGGUAAGUCACAAGCUGGCGUUGAUUUGACUGAUGGUCAUCCUGGAACUAGCCAGGUUGAUGAGGACUCUUGUGAUGUGUGGGAUAUAGAACAUGUAAGGUGUGGUCCACAAGGUAUUUCAAAAGAUAUGACAUGCCUACUUCACCUUUUCUGUUCCACCUACUCUCACCUGCUGAUAAUUCUCGACGACAUCGAGUUCUACGAAAAACAGGUUCCAUUCACGCUGGAGCAGCAACGAAGAAUCGCAUCAAUGCUCAAUACACUUGUGUAUAACGGCCUGUCUCAUAGUAUUGGCCAGCAGAAUAGACCCCUUAUGGAUUCUGCAAUCAGAUGCUUGCACUUAAUGUAUGAAAGGGAUUGCAGGCACCAGUUUUGCCCCCGUGUUCUGUGGCUUUCACCUGCUCAAAAAAACCGGCCCCCAAUUUCAGUAGCCGCCAGAACUCAUGAAAUUUUGUCAGCUAACUUACGAGCAGAUGAUGCUUUGACCAUACCAAGUGUUGAAUCUGUUAUCACUACUACUCCACAUGUGUUUCCUUUUGAAGAAAGAGUUGAAAUGUUUAGAGAGUUCAUCAAAAUGGAUAAAGCCUCCCGAAAAAUGGCUGGUGAAGUUGCUGGACCAGGUUCACGAUCGAUUGAGAUAGUAGUUCGUCGGGGUCGCAUUGUUGAAGAUGGAUUUCAACAAUUAAAUUCCCUUGGGCCAAGGUUGAGGUCAUCAAUCCAUGUAUCAUUUGUGAGUGAAUGUGGCCUUCCAGAGGCUGGUCUGGACUAUGGUGGAUUAUCUAAGGAGUUCUUAACUGAUAUAUCAAAAGCAGCCUUUUCCCCUGAGUAUGGUCUGUUCUCCCAAACCUCAACUUCAGACAGACUUCUAAUUCCUAAUCCAUCUGCAAGAUAUAUAGAGAAUGGUAUCCAAAUGAUUGAGUUCCUUGGGAGAAUUGUCGGUAAAGCUCUUUAUGAAGGAAUUUUACUAGAUUACUCGUUUUCACAUGUUUUUGUACAAAAGCUGUUGGGCCGAUAUAGCUUUCUUGAUGAAUUAUCAACCCUUGAUCCGGAGCUAUACAGGAAUCUCAUGUAUGUGAAGCAUCAUGAUGGUGAUGUCAAGGAACUCUCCCUAGAUUUCACAGUUACCGAAGAAUCAUUUGGCAAACGGCAUGUUAUUGAGCUGAAACCUGGUGGCAAGGAUGUGUCUGUGACAGAUGAGAACAAGAUGCAGUAUGUUCAUGAAAUUGCAGAUUAUAAACUUAACCGCCAGAUAUUUCCCUUUUCAAAUGCAUUCGAUAGAGGGUUAACUGAUCUUAUAUCACCAUCUUGGUUGAAGUUAUUUAAUGCAAGUGAAUUCAAUCAGCUGCUUUCAGGUGGAAACCACGAUAUAGACGUUGAUGAUUUAAAACAUAACACACGAUACACUGGUGGUUUCUCUGAGGGGAGCCGAACAGUUAAAAUCUUUUGGGAGGUUAUUAGAGAAUUUGAACCAAAGGAACGCUGUUUGCUUCUUAAAUUUGUGACUAGUUGUUCUCGAGCUCCACUACUUGGGUUCAAACACUUGCAGCCAACAUUUACUAUCCAUAAGGUUGCAUGCGAUGUCCCUCUUUGGGCAACAAUUGGAGGCCAGGAUGUGGACCGGCUUCCAUCAGCUUCGACCUGCUACAAUACUCUCAAGCUUCCAACAUACAAACGUUCAAGCACUUUAAGAGCAAAACUUCUCUACGCAAUCAGUUCAAAUGCAGGAUUUGAACUUUCCUAGGGAUCUACUUCCGAGUUGAUGUAUUACCAUUCUCAGCCGGCUUUGCGAUCAUAUCUAACAGAGGCUGGUAAAUAUCAAAGACCACAAGUUUGAGACCAGGAAGUU